CAGAUGAGUUGCGUGUGUUCCUGAGUGGCAUUGUUAGGGGGACUCCAGCAAGGGGCACUGCUGAAGGCAGGGCAAACCGCAGGAUGGCAUCCCAACUACCGCGAAGGAUUAUCAAGGAGACCCAGCGUCUGAUGGCAGAGCCGGUGCCGGGGAUCAGUGCCGUGCCCGACGAGCAGAACGCCAGAUACUUCCAUGUGGUGGUCACAGGUCCGGAGGGCUCGCCGUUCGAUGGCGGCGUGUUUAAGUUGGAGCUGUUCCUGCCGGAGGAGUAUCCGAUGUCGGCGCCGAAAGUGCGCUUCAUGACAAAAAUCUACCACCCCAACAUUGACAAGCUGGGAAGGAUCUGUCUAGACAUCCUUAAAGACAAGUGGUCGCCGGCGCUGCAGAUCCGCACCGUACUGCUCUCCAUCCAGGCGCUGCUCAGCGCGCCGAAUCCGGACGACCCACUGGCCAACGACGUGGCCGAGCUCUGGAAGUGCAACGAGGCCGAAGCAAUCCGAAACGCGCGCGACUGGACCCGGCUGUACGCCAUGGGCAACAACUGAGCCGCGCCGCCGUAGCAACCAAUUGAGGCAUCGCCGCAGCCGGGCUUCGGGCGGGCCUCCGGGCCAGCGCCGUGGGGGGGCCAGUCAACGGCGCAGUGGCCGAGCGCGCACGGGCGCGCGGGAACUGGACUCGGGCACACCGCCCAUACAGGUGUGAAGCGGAAGGCCGUCGCUCGCGAGGUGUGAUGGGACAGGUACUUGUAUGUAAUUUAGAGGCGUCGGCCUCCACCGACCGGUCGGUGGGCUCGGCGUCGGCACGCGUAAUCCAGUCACAUUCCUCUGUCGCCCAGGCAUUGUUCUGCCGCACUCGCUCCGGCGGCGGCGGCGGCGGCGCGCACUCCGGCCGCCUGGCGCCCGCCCGUGAUAGCGGCGGUCGCGUCCUGCUGCACACUUCCGCCGACUCUCCCCGCCUCAGGCCCAACCACGUAUCGUUAUGCACGGCUGUAACAUUCCGCCGACACGCGUCGCGGAUGACUGGGAACUCUGGGGAAGACGUGGUGCGCCUCCGCGCGGAACCUAGACAGCUCGACAGCUCUUUUGAGGUCCAAACGUUUGUAGCUGUCGGCGCCUAAUUCCAUGGGGCGCUUCUUAACCCGUAUUGAGCAGAGAUAUCUGUGGAUGGUCCGUUCUCACUCAUGUACCAAAUAAACAUGAACAAGUUA